AUGGCGAAAGAAGAUAAUAAACAAACCAGUAAACGUUUUGAUAGUGGGACAUCUGGUGUUCCAUCUAGUUCUUCCAAUCGACAACAACGCAUCACAUCUUUGGACAGCAAUGCCUCUCGUUUUGGAUCUUCACAUACUCUUGUUAUAUCUGCUCGAGAUAAAGCUAUUGGUUUGGCUAACAGUGCACGCGAUUGGCUCCAACCUGACUGGUCAACCCCUAUGGCUCAUUUUGAAUCCUUGACAACUGUUAUGUUUAGUCCUUUGGCUGCUCAUCCGGUUUAUCGUAGCGAAUCUAUGGUCAAGGCAAUGCAAGUAGCUCAACAACAGCAACGUCAUCGUGCUUCAUCUUCUUCUACAGCAACUUCACCAACCUCUCCAAAUACAGCAAGGUCGGAGCUUGUCUUACAUUCUUCUUCUACUACAUACCCAUGGCCAUCAAGUUCGGUGUUACUCAAGGCAGACAUUCCAGAAUCUACUUGUUCAUUAUCACUUUUUCAAGGAUUUGCCACUACAUAUCCUUCUUUAGCUUCCUCCAAGUCUUCAUCCUCUUCUCCCAAAAAGUCAAGAAAUAGACGCAAGAAACAAUCCAUUCCAUUAGAUGCUAACGAUUUGGCAGAAAAACCUGGAUCAUUAAAAAAGAUUUAUGCUGAACGAGAAAGGAAAAUCCGUGAAAGUGAUAAACUGGAAAUGCAAAUGACAUCUACUAGCAACGAAAUACGCCAAAUUGAUAUGCAAAUCGAUGAAUUGAUCAAUAAAAGAAAGGCAUUGGAAGCAAAAUGGGCUAAACUGGAAACAAAGGAACAAGAAACUCAACUGAAAAUUGAAGACUUGACGGAAAAGAUUUUGGAUGAAUCGGAAGAUGCUCAAUCUGUUGAUGGAACAACAAAACGUCUUCGACAAUAUCAAUUAGAGGAAGAAUCGGAUGAGGAAUAUGACUUUGGGGAAUGUAUUAUGUCACUUCGAGGUCAUGAUGGCGGUAUCCUUUGUGUAGAUUUCAAUCGUCCAAAAGGAUUACUUGUAUCAUCUUCUCUUGACGACACUAUACGGGUUUGGGAUUUACGAAAUGGACGCAGUUGUGGACGAUUGGAAGGUCAUACAAAUUUAGUUCGUUGUUUACAACUGGAUGAUAUGCGAUUACUGACAGGCUCCGAUGAUGGUUCAAUCAAGCAAUGGGAUUUAUCUGAAAUAUCUUCCGCUCCAACACCAGCUUCAAGAGAUUCCUUCUCUGAAUUUUCUAGUGCUCAAGCAUCACCGUCCUUGUCUCCUGUGGUAUCUGAUGAUGUAUCUUCAUUGAAUGAUUAUUGUGUAGCAUCUUUUGAUGGUCAUCAAGGAGAAGUGACAGCUAUGCAUGCUGAUCAGGUUCAUUUGGUAUCAGGAUCAAAUGACAAGACAAUGAAAUUAUGGGAUUUAGAAACUCAAAAUUGUGUAUUAACAAUGGAUGUCAUGUGGGCAAGUCAACAUUCUAGAAGUACGCAUUCUUCUUGGUCUUUGGAUAGUUUGAAAGUGAAUUUUUACGAACCAGCAAAUGAUUAUAUUGGUGCUCUUCAAUUUUGGAAUUUUGCUCUUGCAAGUGGAACUACAGAUGGCAAGAUUCGAAUGUGGGAUCUACGAACUGGUCAACCUCAUAGAACUUUACCUGGACACAAAGGUAUUACUCUUUCUGGUGCUAUUACUGCAUUACAAUUUGAUGAAGUUCACCUUGUUAGUGGAAGUGUGGAUAAAACAAUUCGUGUAUGGGAUUUGCGUACUGGAUCUGUUUUUGAUACCUUGACUUUCAAUGGACCCGUAUCAAGCUUACGAUUUGAUUCUGGCAAGGUGAUCAGCACUACAGACAGUAAUGAUAUAGAUGUAUAUAAUCGAACUUCCUUCCAACAUACCAAAUUACAUGGUCAUAUUGAUUCUGUUAACACGUUACAACAUAAGAACAAUAUAUUGGCUAGUGGAGGAAAAGACAAGGUGGUGAAACUAUGGUCAAUGUAG